AUGACCCCAACAAUCCACUGCGUCCGCCACGCCCAAGGCUACCACAACCUCACCACCGCCAACCACCACAUGCACGACCCCCUCCUGACCCCAUACGGAGAACAGCAAUGCCGCGACCUCCAAGCCAACUUCCCCUCGCAAUCCUCCAUCGACCUCAUCGUCGCCAGCCCCAUAAAACGGACCAUCAACACCGCCCUGCUCUCCUUCUCCCACAUCAUCGCGGAAAAGAACCUCAAAGUGAUCGGCCUGCCCGAACUGCAAGAGACGAGCGAUUUGCCCUGCGACACGGGCAGUGACGUCGAGGAGCUGAAGAAGGAGUUUGAGGGCAAGCCGGUGGAUUUGGAACUGGUCAAGGAAGGGUGGAAUAACAAACGGGGGAAGUGGGCGCCCAACUCGAAGGCGAUUGAGAAGAGGGCGCGGGAGGCGAGGAUUUGGUUGCAGGGUCGGCCGGAGAAGAAUAUUGUUGUUGUGACGCAUGGAGGUUUCCUCCACUACUUCACCGAAGACUUCCACGACCAAGACAAGUUCGCGGGGACGGGCUGGGCCAACACGGAGUUUCGAAGCUACUACUUCUCGACGCACGAGCCGACGGAAGCGCAUCUGAUCGAGACGAAUGAGAGUCGGGAGCGGAGGAAGGGGGAUGGGAAGGGCCUGGAUCGGGAGGAACAUGUGAAUUUGGCGAGGACGGCGACGGAGGAGCAGAAGGAGAUGAAGGGGAUUCAGGCGAAGGUUUGA